CCCGCUCGAGCUCGGCGCCAACGUCGCUGUCGCGAUCUGUGACGUUUCGAUGACGCUGUGCGGUGCGUACCGAUCUCUACGUCGUGCCGAUCGCGGUGGCCGAUAAUAAAUGACAGAUCGGGAGGUGCUUCUGCGUUUAUUCCGUCUGAAAACGCAGAGCGUCGUUAUCACCUUCAAUGAUAUUACCGAUCAGUGAGGAAAUCAUUCAAGUAAUCUUUGAUACAAAUUAUAUGCGGUAAAAGUUAGAAAAAUCGAACAAUCAAAAAAGUAAAGACGAUGUAAAAAUAUGCUAUAUUUUAUGUAGCACAAAUAAAGUAUUUCGAUAAAUUCAGAGUUAUCGGAUACAUAUAUAUUAUAACUAGAGUUCGUCCAUAAUUUUUUACUGUGCGGAAUUCCUCCUUUUUUCCAUUCAAGUUACGCGGUGUAAAUCGGCGCGGAUGAACAAGACGAACGUUGAAGAAUGUUCACUGGUUACCGCUCGAACGCCGAGAACGUCCAACUUUUCACUCGAGUAUUAUUCAUUGUUGGAAGCGAGUAGCGAAAAGCACGCCAGUCGGAAGUUUGAUUAAAGAUUCUGGUUCGCGAACUGGACAGAAUCAGCAGGGAAAAAUUAUCGCGAUAUUUGUUCACGGAUUGGAUUCAACGGCCUGCGAGAGUAGGAAGACGAGGAAAAAACGGGAAGAAGCGGCCAAGUGGUAGCGGCAUCGAGAAAAGAGGUAGAGAAGUGGUAGCGAGAGAAGCAGGGGUUUCGCGGGGGGAUGAGGGUGCCGCCGCGGAGGAUUUCGAGUCGUGCCCCUGGCGAGAUACGAGUCGCUUGUAUAGAUCUAUAUGCACAGUAAAAUUGUGGCGACGGAGGAGCUACCUGGGGAGCUACGGGGAGUAUCUAGGUCAGACAGCCAUCCUCUCGGCGUGUCGCAGCACGUUCUCCAUGAUUCUGCGAGAUUCUCUUGAUGCAGCGAAAAAAGUGAAGACUCAUUGGUGAAUGAAGGACUUCGCACUCUUGAGGCGCUCAAGAGACUCGCCAAUCUGGGACGAUAAUUACGAGGUCAUUUCUCUUUGGCCAAAUAUAAUUGCGAUGUAUCGCUGCGCUUGCAGUAUUUCUUGAACGGGGCGCGAUGUAAUCGAUAUGUUAAGAAUUGGAUAAGGACACAUGCAUAAUAUGAGACUCGAGAAUUGAAAGACAGAGAUAUAUAUAAUGUCGUGUAUUCGCAUAUCUGCGAAAUUGCGAGAAAAUUUGUCUGAGUAGAUCGGAUAUGCGAAAUAUCGGAUACACAGCCCGCUACGAGAACGAAGCCGCAAUCCACCGUGAUGUCGCGUUAAUGUCACUUAUGUCUACGGUGACAUAACACGAGUGAGCUAUAAGUAUACCACGGGUUUGAUCCGUCGGGAGAAUCCGUAAUGAUCUGCGCGGAUCAGUGAUUUGCGGGCGGAGUGCGGCUCGACCCGAUACCGGGUUGGUAACGAGCUGUUACAUAAAAAGAAACCUAUCUGAACUCCCACGGUGACAAUUCCUGGGGAGAGUCCACGCGAGGGCUAUUAUCGUGGAAUGAGUGGUUCGCGCGCGAAAUUCGCUGCUUUCCAUCAUCGAGAACACGACCGGGCCAACCGGGUCGGUAAAUAAUGAACCCCGGCAGUUAUUUAUCAAACUCGCUGCACGGAGACGGACAAAUGUUUCGGAGUACCGUCGUCGAUCUAAAUGGCGAAGUUCAACGCGAGGCUAGCACCGCGAUACGUCGCGUCGUAUACGUCGUGAGCGUUACGCAGUAAUCAUGUCUCCUUGACUCAAUCGAAGGCUUUUCCCGGAAACUUAAGUACCGACCUUUACGUGAUUCGCGGAGUUAUCGAUGAAAUACGUAUCGUGGAAUGCCGGGGUUUCACGAUCGAAGUGGUGCUUGAAUAGCGACUUUUAGAACGCUGAAAGGACGCGGGUUUGCUUUUCGAUCGUGAACUCGCUCCCCUCGAGCGCACUCGCCGUAGAAAUGCGAGAGUCAGCUGACUCCGGUCACGGGCAGUGCAGUCACACCGGGCAGUGCAAUCAAUCGCGCGGUAGAUAACAACGGCGCUCGAAAACGACUCGCGACUACAUGACAGUGAUCGCGCUUCGCGUUCGCGCGUUUAACGAACGUAAGAGCUUAUUUCGUGCGUGGUAUCGAGCAGCCUCUGGCAACAUGAGACGGCGGAAUAACGGUUCUUGCUUCUGCCAGACAUCAGUUAAGAGAAACGGACGCGGCGGAUGCAGCGGGACUGACAAUGAGACGAACGAGCCGCCAGGAUGGUGCAUCUACGCGGCGGUCGCGCUCGUCGCGAUCGGCUGCUACCUCAACGCGCUCGACUGCGACUUCGUACACGACGACAUACCGGCGGUUGUGAGGAACAGGGAUGUGAUCGGCAAGGCAUCGUGGAGCGACGUACUCAACGACGAUUUCUGGGGCACGCCGAUGGAGAGCAUCAACAGUCACAAGAGUUAUCGACCUUUCACCACUCUGACGUUUCGAUUAAAUUACUUGAUGGCCGGUUUGAGUCCUAUGUGGUAUCACGCCACGAAUGUCGCGUUACACGCCGCUGCGUGUAUCUUGGUCACCAGAGUGAGCCUCGUGGUAGCAGCACUCCGGCCAGGAUUCGCGGCUCUCGCUGGACUACUAUUCGCCGCACAUCCUGUGCACACAGAAGCGGUAACUGGCAUCGUAGGUAGAGCGGACGUUCUAGCGUGCAUCUUCUUUUUGCUGUCCUUUCUUGCCUACCACGGCCAGCAGACGGCUUACGUAUGGUCCAGCGUUUGUCUGGGUGCUCUGUCGAUGUUAGCGAAGGAAACUGGCGUUACUGUUCUGGCACUAAACCUUCUUUACGAUCUCUGUCGUUCCUGGCAUUCAAUCAAGAGGUCUAUUUUCGAAGCCAAAUGGAACGACGAUUCUAGAUAUUUUUCAAGACGUGCUGCAGCAUUACUCGUUUCGUUUGGCAUACUUCUUGUGGUACGGCUCGCUUUACUUCAUGGUACUUUGCCGAACUUCUCUGCGCAGGAUAAUCCAGCUGCUUUUCAUCCCUGUUUCCACGUCAGAUUGCUGACUUUUUGCUAUUUAGCAGCGUUGAAUUGUUGGUUACUUCUGUGUCCGGCUAUACUCUCGCAUGAUUGGCAGAUGGGAUCUGUCCCUUUGGUUACGUCUUUUACGGAUACCAGAAAUCUGGCCACCUGUAUAUUUUUCGGCGGUUGUUUGGUUCUCACGUACAAAGCCUUCACGGAUUUCGAGCAACAAAGGCAUCCACCUCUUGUACUCGGUUGGAUGUUUCUAGUAUUGCCGUUCCUACCUGCGUCCAAUCUUUUCGUUACCGUGGGCUUUGUCGUGGCCGAACGAGUUUUGUAUACGCCGAGUGUCGGAUGGAUCAUUCUGAUCGUUUACGGCAUGCAGGUGAGCUGGGCUGCUGUAUCGCGACGAAGAAGCUGGAUCACUACAGGCGUAGUUCUUCUACUCGUUUUAGGCUGUUUCCGAACAGUUCUUCGGAAUAACGAUUGGACAUCUAGAGAAACUUUAAUCAAAGCGGGGUUGCGGUCUCUGCCCUACAAUGCCAAGAUGCAUUACAACUUUGCCAACUUCCUCAAAGAUACGUCGCAGCCAAAGCUUGCGGUCCACCAUUACGAGCUGGCUCUCUGGCUUUGGCCAGGAUACGCCAGUGCACACAAUAAUCUUGGAACUCUCACGAUAGACGAUCAAGCGGAAUAUCAUUUUCUAGCAGCCAUUAAUGCUCAACCAGGUCACGUAAAUGCUCAUUAUAAUCUCGGACGAUUGUACAGGAGGACAAAUCGAACUGAGCAAUGCAUUGAGAUGCUGAGAAGAUGCGUGUCUCUGGAUCCCGCGUUCGCACCGGCGUUCAGAGUUUUAGCGAAGAUUGCAACCGGUCCUGCAACAGGCGAGCUUCUGAGGCAUGUAAUUCACCUUCAACCGCGAAAUCCAGAUGCAGUCGCCGAGUACGCUUACUGGUUGUACAAGAACGGCAAAUGGCUGCCCUCGCUUCAGUACUAUUUCAAAGCCAUGAAGAUUUUCCCGUCGCACAAGCCGUCGCUCAUCGGUACACUCAGGAUUCUGAGGUUGCGAGGUCAGUCAUCCAGGGUGCAUCAGCUCAUCAUCCGAUGGCAUUUAAUGUUACGAGCGAAACGAGGGGGCUUCAUCUAUCGCGGAGAUUUGUACAUCCGUGCGUGGGAGCUACAAAGCGAGUCUCGUCAAAGGGCUCAUCAACAUCAACGGAAUCUCUGUAUAUCGGAGAACGGAUGUUCGAGACUGCGCGUGGCUAGUGUGUCGGUGCAGCUCGAACAAGACAGCAACAAGUCGGAACAGCUGCAGCGGGCGCCGCGUUGCAACGUGCGCACUUGCAGGCAGCCAAGAAAAGGGAAAGCGCGCGUGACCGCACCCACUCUGCUCGUGCAGAAUUUCCUGGAGACGCUUUAGUCCGCGCAAAUCGGGGAACGGGUCUAUCUUCUGCUCGUUCGCCUGAGAACGGGCCGUGGAAGAUGAAUAGAGGAGCAUAUUCCGACCGCGGCAGCCUCGUCCGACGAUCGUCAGCGACGAAGAGAGAGUCCUAUUAUAGUGGAAUGUCUGAAUAUUUUUCGUAUGCCAUGUCUGUGUGCUAUCUGGGACUGCAAAGCUCGAUCUGUCCGCGGAUCAUUCAUGAUAUCCAAGUGGAGAAAGGUACGCAUGUAUCGUUGUUAUCAUUUAUAUAUAUAUAAUGUGUUCUCGCGUUCUUCGUGGUAUCCUGGCUAUCCUGUCGAUCGGACAGUGACGAUGCGAUUCGCGAUCUCUUCGAAAAUAAUGUCAAGAAACAGAUGCCUGCUCCGUAGAUAAUCUUAGCUUUGAACGUGGACGAAACGCUCCAGAAUCAACGGUAAAUUGUUCUACGCCGAGAUAAAUGACAAUGUGCGUAAUGGUGAGGAUUGAGAGAGUGCUAGGGUUAAAAAUUCUUUGAAAAUUAUUUUGCCACUCUUAAAUUCGUCAUAAGGAUAUUUAACGAGAGAGGACCAAGGGAGAUUCGAGUGAUUAACUAUAUGCGAAUAUGCGAAGUUUCGCGCGCAAUUAAUCGAUUAAAUGCGCAACCAAAAUAUAACGUAAAACCGUGUGCAUUCCAACGUGUGUCUAUCUAUACUUUCGAAACGUGAUAAUUGUAAUUGGUAAUAUAGUUACAUGUAGGAUGACGUGUUUCUAUAAAUAUUUGCUGUAUCUCGUGUGUGCUUUCAACGUUUUUAUGAUGUCUGUUUCGAUGAAGCGAUAAAUUUGCUAUCGUACAUGUAAUAUCAGAAAUACCUGCAGCAGUCUUUUACCAAACAAUAUCGUAAUAAAAACUGGGGACUACACAUUCAUGACAAAUAUUUUGGCAAAAAGUU